CGGCCGCACAUCUGGAUGGAAUCGAGCUUUGUCCAGACCACCAUGGCUCUGGGGUUGUCCUCCAAGAAAGCGUCUUUCCGCAACGUGGCCGUGGAGCGCAGGAACCUGAUGACGGUGUGCAGGUUCUCUGUGAAAACACUGCUGGAGAAGUACACAGGGGAGCCCAUCGAUGACUCAUCUGAGGAGUUUGUUAAUUUCGCAGCCAUUUUAGAGCAGAUCCUCAGCCACCGUUUCAAAGCCUGUGCCCCAGCAGGUCCAGUGAGCUGGUUCAGCUCAGACGGGCAGCGGGGCUUCUGGGACUAUAUCCGACUGGCCUGCAGCAAAGUGCCCAACAACUGUGUGAGCAGCAUCGAGAAUAUGGAGAACAUCAGCACAGCCCGAGCCAAGGGCCGGGCAUGGAUCCGGGUGGCACUGAUGGAGAAGCGCAUGUCGGAAUACAUCAACACGGCUCUGCGGGACAUGCGGACCACCAGACGGUUCUACGACGCCGGAGCCAUCAUGCUGCGGGAGGAAGCCACCGUGCUCAUGGGAAUGCUGAUCGGACUGAGCGCCAUCGACUUCAGCUUCUGCCUAAAGGGCGAAGUGCUGGACGGGAAGACCCCCGUGGUCAUCGAUUACACGCCCUACCUAAAGUUCACCCAGAGCUACGACUACCUGACGGACGAGGAGGAGCGGCACAGCGCCGAGAGCAGCACGAGCGAGGACAACUCGCCCGAGCACCCGUACCUGCCGCUCGUCACCGACGAGGACAGCUGGUACAGCAAGUGGCAUAAGAUGGAGCAGAAGUUCCGCAUCGUCUACGCUCAGAAGGGCUACCUGGAGGAGCUGGUGCGUCUGCGCGAGUCGCAGCUGAAGGACCUGGAGGCGGAGAACCGGCGGCUGCGGCUGCAGCUGGAGGAAGCGGCGGCGCAGAACCAGCGCGAGAAGCGGGAGCUGGAAGGCGUGAUCCUGGAGCUGCAGGAGCAGCUGACAGGUCUGAUCCCUGGUGACCACGCCCCCCUGGCCCAUGGUUCCAAGGAGCUCACCACGCCCCUGGUCAACCAAUGGCCCUCACUGGGAACGCUCGAUGGGGCCGAGGGUGCCAACAACUCCAAACUCUACCGGAGACACAGCUUCAUGAGCACGGAGCCACUGUCAGCUGAAGCCAGUCUGAGCUCUGACUCCCAGCGCCUGGGAGAGGGCAAGAGGGACGAGGAGCCCUGGGGCACCAUGGGGAAGGACCCCACGCCCUCCAUGCUGGGCCUCUGCGGCUCCCUGGCCUCCAUCCCCAGCUGCAAGUCCCUGGCGAGCUUCAAAUCCAACGAGUGCCUGGUGAGCGACAGUCCUGAGGGCAGCCCCGCACUGAGCCCCAGCUGAGGAGCAGCAGGGGCAGUGCCAGACCCACCUGCUGGGGGCCACGGACACCUGCCACCU